UCCUGCUCCUUCAGCUUCAUUCAGCAUGUUCUCCUGACCAGUGACAGAAAAUAAGAAAACAUUUCAAGUUUUUGACUUUAAAGACUUUUUGAUUACUACUCUGGAAAUAUCAUCAUCAUCAUCAUCAUCUUCAUUGUCAUGAGUCACUGAUUCUCUGUCAGGCAUCAUUUGUCGAGGUGUAGUAGCAGGUGCAUGCUGGGAGUUGUAGUCCCUCUGACGUGUGUGUGUGUGUGUGUGUGUGUGCGCAGAACCUCCCCGCUCUGAGUACGGAGCUCAGGGGAAAAUGUUCCAGAACCAGAUUCCUCUGCUGCGAGAGAGCAUCCAGACCACAGUGAAGGAUGUGAUGUAUAUCUGUCCAUUCAGCGGGUUGGUCAACGGCACUCUGACCAUCACAAACUACAAACUCUACUUCAGCGGCACAGACCGGGAGUUUGUUCUGGACGUGAAUCUUGGUGUGAUCAGCAGACAGGAAACCAUCAGCGUCCCAAACCAGGGCGAGAACACCAAGGGACUGGAGCUGGUCUGCAAGGACAUGAGGAGUCCGAGGUUCGCCUAUAAGACGGAGGAGGACCAUCCAGACGUGGUGGAGCUGAUCUCCAAACACGCUUUCCCCCUCUCUCAUAACCUGCCUCUGUUCGCCUUCCUCUACAAAGAACUGUUUCCUGUGGACGGUUGGAAGGUCUACGACCCCGCAGCAGAGUACAGACGACAGGGUCUCCCCAACGAGAGCUGGACCAUCAGUAAAGUGAACAGCAGCUAUGAGCUGUGUGACACCUACCCCGCCACCCUCGUCAUCCCCACCAAUAUCAGCGAUGAUGACAUCAGACGAGUCGCCGCCUUCAGAGUCAAACACAGGAUACCGGUCUUGUCGUGGAUCCACCCAGAGACUCAGGCCACCAUCGUGCGCUGCAGCCAGCCGUUAGUCGGCCCGUCAGACCGCCGCUGUAAAGAGGACGAACGCUUCCUGCAGAUCAUCAUGGAUGCCAACGCUCAGUCGCACAAACUCAGCAUCUUCGACGCCCGGCAGGGCAGCGUGGCGCUCACCAACAAGGCGAAGGACGGCGGCUUCGAGAGCGAGAGUUUCUACACGAACGUAGAGCUGAACUUCUUAGAGAUCCCGAACAUCCACGUGAUCCGAGAGUCUCUGAGGAAGGUGAAGGACGCCGUUUACCCGACCAUCGACGAAGCUCACUGGCACUCCAACAUCCACCAGACGCACUGGCUCGAGUACAUCCGGCUGCUGCUAGCCGGAGCGGCCAAGAUGGCAGAUAAGCUGGAGUCGGGGAAGACGUCGGUGGUGGUUCACUGCAGCGACGGCUGGGACAGGACAGCUCAGCUCACCUCUCUGAGCAUGCUCAUGUUGGACAGCUUCUACCGCACGCUGCCAGGGUUUCAGGUGCUGCUGGAGAAGGAGUGGAUCAGCUUCGGACACAAGUUCUCCGCUCGUGUGGGUCACGGGGAUGAGAAUCACGCUAACUCUGAGCGCUCGCCGCUCUUCGUCCAGUUCAUCGACUGUGUGUGGCAGAUGACUCGACAGUUCCCAGCAGCCUUUGAGUUUAACGAGCUGUUCCUGAUCACUGUGCUGGAUCACCUGUACAGCUGUCUGUUUGGUACAUUCCUCUAUAACAGCGAGCAGGAGAGGGCGGCCAAGGAGGUCCAGACCUGCACAGUGUCCCUGUGGUCCUACAUUAACAGUCAAAAGGACGACUUCACUAACCCGUUCUACGUGGACUAUCAGAACCACGUCCUGUACCCGAUGGUGUCCUCCAGACAUCUGGAGCUGUGGAGCAGCUACUACGCCCGCUGGAACCCUCGCAUGAGACCACAGGUGCCGGUGCAUCAGAGCCUGAAGGAGCUUCUUACCCUCCGGGCGGAGCUACAGAGGAGGGUGGAGGAGCUGCAGAGAGAGGCCUCUUCUUCACACUCCCUGUCCUCCUCCUCCUCACACUCCCCCACACACACCACAGGGACACCUGUGCACUCCGCUGUCUGACACACACACACACAC